CUGUUUGGUGCGCGUGGAAACUAGGGUCAUGGCUGCUCCCGGCCCAGCGCUCUGCCUCUUCGACGUGGACGGGACCCUGACGGCCCCGCGGCAGAUUUUGUUGCCAUGGGCACAGAUUUUGUGAUGACGCUCACUCUGACCUCCCCCUGGCACGAAUCAGUCACUGAACAGCAGCCAUUCAAACUUGGGACUGGUUCCAAGUGGCCUCGCUGUCUUCGAGUUCUGUCUCUACCCUGCUUGGUUCCGGCCGGAUGGUAGCAGUGGUGGGUGCGCUCUGGAAUUCACACGGAAUAAAAUUACCAAAGACAUGGAUUGCUUUCUGCAAAAACUGAGGCAGAAGAUCAAAAUUGGCGUUGUCGGUGGGUCAGACUUUGAGAAAGUACAGGAGCAACUGGGAGAUGACGUUAUUAAAAAAUAUGAUUACGUGUUUCCAGAAAAUGGCUUGGUAGCAUACAGAGAUGGGAAACUCUUGUGUAAACAGAAUAUUCAAGGUCACCUGGGUGAAGCCCUAAUCCAGGAUUUAAUCAACUACUGUCUGAGCUACAUCGCGAAAAUCAAGCUCCCAAAGAAGAGGGGCACUUUCAUAGAGUUCCGUAAUGGGAUGCUGAACGUGUCGCCAAUCGGAAGAAGCUGCAGCCAGGAAGAACGCAUUGAGUUCUACGAGCUCGAUCAGAAAGAAAAGAUAAGACAAAAGUUCGUGGAGGACCUGCGAAAAGAGUUUGCGGGGAAAGGCCUCACGUUUUCCAUAGGAGGCCAGAUCAGCUUCGACGUCUUUCCCGACGGCUGGGACAAGAGGUACUGCCUGGGACACGUGGAGAAGGACGGCUAUAAGACCAUCUAUUUCUUUGGCGACAAAACCAUGCCAGGCGGGAAUGACCACGAGAUCUUCACAGACCCCAGGACGGUGGGCUACACGGUGACGGCGCCCGAGGACACGCGCAGGAUAUGCGAGGAGCUUUUCUGCUGACCGGCCUGCUCCCCGUGGGAGGCGGUCCCCCCCCCAGCCCACCCUGCAGUCCUCACUACGGUCCCCGCUAGGCAGGGAAAUGGCCCUCCGUUUCCAGGACCAGAGGAAAAGGCCUCUCAACAACGGUUCCAAGGACCACCUCCAGCAGAGAGUCACAUCCCCACCCUAGUCUCCAACCACCCCCACUCCAUCCCGAUACGUGCAGUCACGGUGCCCCCGGGGGUUUUGUUUUUAAACUUCCCCCAUCAUUCUAGAAUGAUCCAGAGAGAAUGAAAGGAGUGAACCUGGACCCUCCCUCUUCAUGGGCCUCAUGGAAAAUGUAACAGAUGUUCAUGCCGGGAUCCCCUGCAUCAGCACCGGAAGGGGGGCUCUUGUGAUGAGAAAGGACAUUUAUGAUGAACCGAGCCCAGCACAGACGGUUAAGACAAUUCCAGAAACGAAGCCCAUGAGUGUCUGCGCCGGCCCAGUGACCACUGACCACUGGGACUUCGCACGUCACUGGCGGAGGACUCGGGGUAGCUCUGUAUCCACUACACGCUGAAGUGCCCGCUGGCUCCGGGGACACGGGUGGUGGAACCAACAGCCCUGCCAAGAACUGGCACACAGGCCGCCCCGAGAUGCUGCUCUGAGCCCCGGCCCUGCGAGUGCCGGGGCCAUCACACUUCACACGAAGGGCCGCCUCCUGAGGGAUCAGGGAAGGGCCUAAGCUGCUAACAGAUCUGGAGCCGGUCUUUGGUCUUUGAAUAAUGAGCCCGCCCCACCUCCACAACCCCCACACCCCUGCCAGCCCUCCCUCACCCAGACUUUGACCCCGGGACUGGAGCAGCUGUCAGGCCUGUAACCCUCACUCCCCUGCUCCCUCCUGCCUCCUGCAAGUUCCUGUGUGGCUGGAAGGACGGCAGCUCAGGCCCUCAUCCAGAGCACCGACUCAAGCUUUCCAAGAAAACGGUUCACACAUCACUUUUCAGCUUUGGUCCCUCCAGACCAGGGUGGGGUCAGUCCAGGCGGGACCUCUGCUGGGGACUCGCAGACCUGAACCUGAAUCUGGGGGUGGGGGAACUGGAGAGGGGUGUUCUGGCACCCCACUAGUUGGUCCCCACCAGGUGCCUUCAUCACAGAGGAACCUGGUUCCUCCCGAGCCUCUCCCCAGCCUGGCUUGUCUUAGUCCAGCACCAGGCUGGAGCUCGUCCCCCACCCGCCCGCCCGUGGUCAGUGCUAGGGUGACCGUCUCAGUGGUCCCAGGCCUCAGCAGUUCUGGGGCGUCUUUCCUGGCUGGAUUUUACAAAUGAUACUGUAAUGAUCUUUCAAAAUGAAAAGUAGAAAUUAAAGUGAUUUUAUUGGUUCCCAUUUC